UCCCGGCUGGCGCUGGGUUUGCGCUGGCGGAGGCAGGACCCUCCCGCAGCGGGCGGGGCGGCUCCCCCGGCGAGGCGAAGUGCGGGAGGAGGAGACGGGGACAGAGCCGGAGCGAGGACCAGUGCGAGGAAGGGAACAAACGGGGGAGCGCCAGUAUGAAAUUCAUCUCUGCCUAUUAUUUGCUGCCUCUCUUUGCUGCGCUGGUCUUCGGCACUAGACAGGGCUAUGAAGAACUGGAAAGGCAGCUGAAAGAAGUCUUCAAGGAAAGGAGCAACAUACUCCACCAACUGUUAAAGACUUCUAAAGAACUUCAGGGCAUUAAAGUAAACCUUCAGUCUUUGAAAAAUGACGAAGCAUCAACCAAAAGUGACGUACAGAAACUCCUAGAACUGGGAAUAAAGCAAAGGGAAGAAAUGAAAUCUCUCCAGGAAGCCUUUCAAAAGCAGCUUAAAGAGGCAACGGAGAAAGCAGAGAAGCAGCAGGCUACCAUUAACUUUUUGAAGACUGAAAUGGAAAGGAAGAGCAAAAUGAUCCGAGACCUCCAAAACGAGAACAAAAGCCUCAAAACCAAGCUCUUGUCAGGAAACAAGCUUUGUGGCAUUCAUGCAGAGGAGUCCAAAAAGAUCCAAGCCCAGCUGAAAGAACUUCGUUAUGGGAAAAAGGAUUUGAUUUUUAAGGCACAGCAGCUGACAGAUCUGGAGCAAAAACUAGCAGUUGCAAAAGAUGAAUUGGAAAAAGCAGCCCUUGACAAAGAGUCCCAGCUGAAAGCUCUGAAGGACACCGUGCAGCUCUGCCUGUCUUCUGUUCUGCACAAUCAGCCUCUCCCUAUAAAUCUAAUCCCUUCACAACCAACUGAGAAGCAGAAUUCCCCAGUUACAAAGGGCUCCAGAGCUCCAUUUCAAGUGACAAACACCAAGGUUCGUCGAAAUGUCUCAGCAGAGAAAGAGAAUUUUCCUGUGGCCUUGACAAAGAAAGAAAAUCAGAGCACCCAGGAGUGUGAUUCUCAAAAUGUUGCCAAGACGUGUUUGGGGAAUCGCAGUAACUCGACAUCUCACUUGAAGGCAGCAGAAACAGAGACAAGCCUUCAGAAGUUGCACAGCCUUCCACGGACUAAAUCCGAAGACAAAAAGUCACCUGAAAGAAAUGAGAAAAAAUCUGAGGAGUCUGUUAGUACAAAAGAAAAAAAACUCUGAACACUACUAACCUACAUUAAAAACGCCGUUCACCUGCUUCCACCUUCCUCUUCUUUUUAGUGCGAAGUCAUGAAAUGUUCCAGGUUUCUAAAGCAUGCAUUUUUCACUGUUUUAUGAAUGUUUGUCAAUUAGUCUAGAAUAGACCAACUAGUACCUUCCAGCCAUAAUCCAAAAGGGAUGUUUGAAGAAAUGCUUGGUAAUACAGUCCAGUUUUUGAACUCUUGUUGUACAGGACCAGUAACUGCAUAGUUUCUUUGUAAACAACAGCCAAUCUCCAGUAUUUUCUCAGUCUGUUCUAUUUCAUGUACCUUUAUGGCAGAUUAGGUUUUUAAAUUAAGAUUAAGGGGCAGCUGGGAGGGGGGGAGGGGAGAAAUAUCUGUGUAGCCAUAGUUGAAGUACAACCCAUAAGUGCAACUGUAAAAAGGGAACUCUGGAUGGGGGUCCAUGUAUUACCUUUCAGUAAUGCCAUUUCAAAUCUACUAAUUUAAACAAUAAAAGAUGUUUAUUUGGUUCUUUU